UAAAGAGCAUCCAGGCCACUGUUGUGCGGGUGGAAGGGGAUUGUGAGCAGCUCGGCUACGUCACGGGGAGUCUCCGGGAUGACCAUCGCCAGCAUCAGAAAGAUAUCGAGGUUGGCUGGACCCCCACAGGGUCAAAGUAUCCCCCAGGCCCACCAAGGCUGGUCUGAUCACACAGAGGUCUGAUCCCCUGCCCACCUGCUCGCAAGCCCUUUGUUGGUUCAAAAGGCCUUUCCCAAAGAGCAGGGAGCACUGGCUGGCCAGAACACAGCUCUGACCCUACUGUGGUGUCAUGAGAUCCUUUUUGUAUUGGAAGGCUCUGUUCCGGUCCCUGGAGGGUCUCGACAAGAAAGCAGACAAGGAGGACCUGCUGCUGCUGGUAUGGUCUUGAGAGGUCCAUCUUCAGCCCAAGGGAUCUUGGGCAGGGUGACAAAUGCACUUUGGCCUUUGGGCAUGCAGUGGCAAACUGGCCUGGAUGGGGAAGGGGGAGGGUGUGAGUACUUCCCGGCUGGCUGCAGAUCCCUUGCCAGGUCCCUCUGUCUAUCUCUUUAAGUCCCUUUGACCCCAUGGGGGUGAUGGGGUGAGCAGGCCACACAGCCCUGAAAAGGGCACGAUGGCCCCACAGGGAUGUUUCUGCCUCUGUCCCCAACACAUGCUGGCCCUGCCUCUUGUAACUCUGCCCUGUCCCCUGUACCUCUGCCCACCGCUCUCCUGCCUUUCCUCCCUGCUAGAAAGUGGACAAAGCUGCCCUGGGCAGCAAAGUCAGUUGUGCCCAUUUUGAUGAAACCAUGGAGCGUCUGGAGGAGAGGAUGCAGGAGUUGCUGAGACGGGUGUUAGGUCAGGAGCAGCGCUGGCAGGAGGCCCAGCAGCGGUUCAGUGACGCCCUGGACUCCAAGCUGGAUCGCCUGGAGCUUGGGCCUUUCCAGAAGCAGCUAGAGGAUACCUGGGCAAAGACCAUUAAGGAUCUCAAGGAUGAGUUGACGGUAGAGAUUGACGAUGCUGCUGGAAUUAAGCAGUGAGUGAAGUGGGAUGGUACUGACUUUGGCAAUAGCACUGGCCUCAUUCCUUCCUGGAUGGUACCCUGGCAUCAGAACAAUGUAGCCAACAAACCGCAGGGAUGCUGACAAAGCAGCUACACCUUCUUCACCCAUCAGUGUCAGCUUCCCCACAUCAAAGGAGGCACAAGAAUGGGCAUCUGCAAAACGGAGCUGUGCAGACCAGAUGGUGUGGGUGCAGAGGGUUGUUUGCCUGGACAAGGGUACCACACAUGGUGCCACAUGCCUCAGUCUAGACCUGCCCACCUUGGUAAGAUGCAGGGGAGUUGUGAGCACUGGCAAGGCGAUGACACCAGGAGAAGAGCUGGUUUGGAUGGCAGUGUGGGUGCCUGCACCCUUCCCCUCAUAUCCCUGCCUGCUCUGGGCAGCUGUGCGCCACAGCCACAGUUCAGCAGUUCCAGAGCUGCCAAGGCAAGCUUAUCUCCUUGUCCCCUUGGGUGGGAAGAAAACCAGGCUCAACAUGCCACAGCUCCUCCUGCAAACACUGAGGCUCCCUGCAGCAAUGUUGCUGCCUGUGAGCUGCUGGCUGUGUGCAUUGCAGCCCUGUCAGGAGCUUACCCAGCCCUUUCUCCCUUAGGCAGCUGCUGGUCCCUUUCAAGUGCCUGUCCUGCGACCGGCAGCUCAACA